CGAAGCUCACCUCCGCCGACGCCCAAGCACGCCCGCCGAUUCGCAUCCUGCCGACUCGCAUCCAGGCUCUAGGACGGGUUCAAGCCAAGCCAAUUGCCCGCCGAACCUCGAAUAUCUCGCGACCCACGCCAUCCUCUUACCCGCCUGAUACCUCAACCUCUAACCUCCGCACCACACCUCCACCAUGGCCGGCGCCCGCACAAAGUACCGCCACUUGUCGCGCAAGUCGUCGCACAGGCAGGCACUGCUGCGCAAUCUGGUGACGUCGCUGUUCGAGCACGAGUCCAUCUCUACGACCUGGCACAAAGCCAAGGAAGCCCAGCGUCUGGCCGAUAAACUCAUUACCUUGGGAAAGAAGAACACGGAAGCUAGCAAGAGGAGGGCAACAUCAAUCUUCUUUCGCCCCGUCGAACUCGUCCCUAAACUCUUCGGUCCCCUCCGCGAACGCUACGCCGAGCGUGCCGGUGGCUACACGCGCGUGCUGCGCAUUGAGCCGCUCAAGGAAGACCAGGCAGAGUCGGCCAUCCUCGAGCUCGUCGACUCGCCCAAGGACAUGCGGUUCGCCAUGAUGGCACAAACGCUCGCGCGUCAACGUAGCGAAAACAUUCCGCAAAACGACAUCACCAAGACCAACCUUAAGAAGGUGUUGCAGUUCCGGGGAGACAAGGGCAAGCAGGAUUUGGAGGAGAUGGUGCAGAAAUUCUCAAAGUUGAACGCCGAGGACAAGGGCGUCAAGGAGCCGCUUCAAGGCAAGGUGUACCCGGACCCGUUGAACAGGACCAAGGGCCGGAAGGGCCCUCUGUACAGGUGGGGUUAAUGGAUAGCAUUGGCAAUGUUUCGAAGUGAUGCAUUCAUUCUACAUGUACAAUAUGUAACCUCUGCUGAUUCCCGACAUCUCCUGUAAGUCGGAACGACGUUUCGAAGUCGGGCGCCCAGCCAUGGGUAAGAGCGAUCUUCGCUCAGCGCGAAAGCAGCAUUGGCACUGAAAAGC